AUGGUCGGUAAAACAGCACUCGUAUUCGGUGCAACUGGAAUAAGCGGUAUCGCAGCGAUAGAGGCGCUCCUCAACGACAGCUCAUACAGCCGCAUUAUAGCCAUUAGCAGGAGGCCAGUUGAGCGUGAAUGCGUUGAGCAUAUCCCAAUCGACCUCAUCCACUCCACGCCAGCGGAAAUUGCUGAUGCUCUUGACGCAGGCGGUGCUGGCUCCUCCACGCACGUCUUCUUCUACGCUUACAUUGACUCGAAGAACACGGAUGAGCAGAACGCAGUCAACAAUCAACUGUUUGAGAGGUCCAUCGAGGGCGUCAGCAUGGCAUGUACCCGCCUCUCCCACUUCCACCUCCAGACCGGGUACAAGUACUACAUGCCGGCCUUUACUGCUGAAAAAUUUCCUCCCUUGCCUUUCAGAGAAGAUGCAGAAAGACAGAGCCACGUGCGCGACUUCUUCUACUAUUACCAGGAAGAUAAGCUAAAGGAGGUGAGUGAGAGAUGCGGUUGGAAGUGGUCUGUCUCGAGACCUUGCGCUAUCACCGGAUUCAGCAAGGGUAAUUGGAUGUCAGUUGCUGUGACGAUGGCGCUGUAUAUCUUUGCUUGUAGGGAGUUUGGCGAGCAUCUGCAUUUUCCUGGACCACUGCUGUGUUAUUCGAUGGAUUAUGAUAAUUCCACAGCGUCAAACAAUGCAGAAUUUCAACUACACUGUGCUGAACAUGCCAACAAUCAGGCAUUCAACAUUCACGAUGGUCAACCUUACCAAUUUAACACCCUUUGGCCAAAGGUAGCGGGAUACUUUGGGAUGGAGGUUCCAUCGCCUCCUGCAGAGGACUUGCAAGUGAAGGAGGGCGAGUUCCUUAAGGUCGCGUUCAGUGUUCAAAAUUGGGCAAAUAAACAUAGAGAAGACUUCCCAGCACUGGUGCACAAGUACAAUCUGGAUCCACACACUUUCGAGUAUGCUAAUUGGUCGAGUAUCGAAAUAUUAGCUGGAUUACCAUUCCCUACAAUCGCAAGCCUCGAAGCAGCCAGAUCAAUUGGAUGGACCAAGUCAAUUGACACAUACGCAGAUGGUUACAAAGAAAUGCACCAACUUCCAAAGAUCUGUAUUCCACCGAACACAAGUUUCAAAGAGGCAUACAUUGACGGCAACGUCCUCUUUCUCAGCAAACAGCAACACAUUGAUCUGAGCAUGAUCAAUCACCACCACAUAAUCACGCGCUGCGUCGAUGAGCUAUUUGUACUCCUCUAUCUCCACAACGAGAGACGCUUGAAAUUAAUACAAAGCUUCACGAAGAAAUCUCUCAACUGCCGCUGUAUCUUGCACAUCAAGACUGUCUCAGAAGACGACGCCAAGUGGCUCUUGAAGAAGAUGAUGAAGUGGUUUCAUUUGAGUAACGUUGACUACAAAAGGGUUUGUGCGUAUGGGAUGGCUGGGGAGUACAACAACGUCUUGCUUUCUGAUCAAGUCGAUCAAACCUCGAAAUUUUCUCUGGAAUCUAAAUCAAUGUCUCAGGUCACCUGCAAUGCUUCAAUGUCCACGCUGUCUUUACAAAGCCGGUCAUCCAUUUCAACAAUCGCCUCAGUUGGCUCCAUUUCCACCCACUCACCUACUAAUAUCCCCUACAAACGCAGCAAGAGCGACAGCACUUCACAGCCCAGACACCCUAAUCUUGUCUGCUUUAGUGGCCAGAAGUCUCUUCACCAAGAGCGCUCUAUCGCGUCUCUCUCAGAUAACGUCAAACCGCCUUUUUUGAGGUCUAUUAGCUCACCCAACCAGCAAGAGUUGGAUAGGUGCAGAUCAGUUGCAUUGUAG